UCGUGUACUGUAAAACUUAAUUGUACAAGGUUGUACAAGAGUCAGCUGUUGACAGAAACGUUAUACAACGAAUUGCUCGCUCCUCAUUGGCUGUAGAAGUAAACAUGGACUCAAUUACUGUCACAACUAAAACACCGAAUUGCCACAUGGUUGGGUUUGAAACUGUUGAUACUAAACUGAAAGGAAGUUGGACAGUUAUACAGAAAUCAGCUGAUGCAGAAUCUAAGGAUGUUUUGGUGCGAAGUGAUCUUGCAGCAAAAAUAAUGAGUACUGUUGGGGUGACUAAGGCGGAGCAUAAGUUGCCAUUUUUCCCUCUUAUAUUCUCGGAUAACAAGAUGACUGUUUUUGACAAUGAUCCUUUGUACACAUCUCUUCCUUCGGACAGGAAAUUGGACGAGGUUCAUCUUAAAGUUGUGAUGAAGUCCCUGGCGAGGCUUCACGCCAUCAGCUUCAUCUUCUUCAAGAGAAGUAAUGAUGAAAACUCCAAGGCACUCCUCAGUGAUUCCGCUUUCACAGAAGAAAACAGAGCUACGACGACUAAAUUGCUGGAGAAUAGAUUGGAUCGGGUUUUGACAACCCUAGCAGCGGAGGGAUGUAGUGAGGAGGAGAUAAAGAUGGUGAAAACAUUGAAGAACAGCCUCUACAAUAUAUACAAGGAGGCCGCCACUAGCAACAGUUUACUACCUGUUCUCUGCCAUGGAGAACCUACCCCAGCCAACAUCAAGUUCAAGUAUGCUGCUGAUGGUCUCCCUAUUGAUGCCAGGUUUGUGAACCUGGAGAAGUGUAGAUAUGGUUCUGGAGUGAAUGAUAUUCAUCUAUUCAUUAACUCAUCUGGAAACAAUACAGCUAGAGAGGACUUCCUUCUUAGGUUUGUUUACUACGAAGCUUUGGUUUCCCUGCUUAAGGUUUACGGAGAGAAGAAUGUUUUCAGCUUCGAUGAACUUAAAUCCGAGUUUGUGCAGAAACGUCUUUAUGGAUAUAUACAGAGCAGUUUUAUACUAGCAGAGGGUCAUGGGACCGGUCAUGUUUCAAAGAAAACUGUUUCUGCUCCCGUAGUUCAGUCUCAACAAGGCACCAAGGCAGUUGAAAGCAAGAUUUUGGGUAAAUUCUUCCCUGGGCGUGCCAAGGUGGCAGCAGUGGCAAAGUUCAACCAAGUGGAGAAAGGAUCGGUGAUGGAUAAGGAAGAUGUAGGUUCCAGGGUCCGAGACAUCAUCAUGAAAGCAAUGAAGGUUUAAGGAGGAAUAAGAAGUGCCAAGUCACCCAUGAUGAACUGCAUUGAAUGAUUUUACAGAUUUUAUUAUUUUGUUAAAGGGACUGUAAGCGUAAAUUCAAGUGACCCUCUGUUUAAAGAGGACAGCACCCAAUUCACAACAGUACCUCCUUAAAAGCUUUGUGUGCAGGUAAAUAUGAAUUAGGCUACCAUGUUUAUAAUUUUGGAAACCGAUUAUUUUCAAUUCUGGGUUCUCUCCAAAGUGAACUACGCAUUUCUUUUGCAGGAAUAUAUGGAGAAUUAUUAUCAGAAUUGAAAACUUUUAAGCCUAGAAAAACGACAAUUUCUUCCCCAGGGUACAGUUGUGGAUAGGGCAUAGCAACUUGUAUUGAGGGUCACUUGAUAUAACGCUUACAAUCCUUUUCAUAAGCUAUAGUUUUAAUCACUUUGAAUUUCUUAUGGUCAUUGUUGUUGAUUUUUUUAGACCUAAUUUUUUCUUCAAAUUGUCAAUUAUAAAUUAGUUUACCUAUAGCAUGAGAAAUAUAUAUAUAUUCUAUAUUUAU